UAUUGUUUCUACAUAAAUUGACCCUUGGAAUUCAAAUAACUCCCUCGUCUCUGCAACUGAAAUCGCCGUUUCUUGCUUUAGUUAGUUACCACUACUACUACUCUUGCAAAAUUCUUCUUCCUCACAAUGCUUUUGAAAAAGAGAUGACGUUCUUGCAUUUGAAUUUUUAUUGUCAUCUACUAAUGCUUUCGAACCUUGAAAAGCAUAAGAAUUUAGUUAUUAAUAGUACUUUUGUGUGUAUUUAUCUAUUCAAAUGUUUGCAUGUAUAGACGCAGCCAUAAUCACCUGUAAGAAUACUGUUGAUUCUGAUCAUGAAUCUUUUUUUUUUUCCAAUUCCUGGGUUGUAGUUUUGUUUCGUUAAUUCUGUGGCUAUUAUUGUUAGUACUCUAACUCCCGGUGUAGUUCUCCAGAUACAACAACAAGAACAACAACAUACCCAGUAUAAUUCCACAUGGUGGGUCCGGGUAGUUCCCCAGAUAGUAGUAGGUAAUUUCAGAGGCGGAGCCAAAAUUUUAAGCUUAUGGGUUUCGGAUUCUAAUCGUUUUAAGUUACUGGGUUCUAAAGUAAUAAUUUAUACAUAUUCAAAGGAUUUUCGGCUUCUGACACUCUAGCUCCGCCGCUGGGUAAUUUACACCAGAAAAAGGGAUCCUACUUCUAGGUUUUAAAUGACAUUUUUGAGCGGUUGUGGAUGUAAGGCUUCAGAUGUUGGGGAUUGGAAUUAGAUACAACUCCACAAUAAUUUAGGGAUCUCAUAAUUCAAUUGUACUGAGGAAGUACAGAAGUCAAAAUUCAAUAGAAUUAUGUGCAGAUGUCAUUGUCUUCGGAGCGGAUCCAGGAUUUAAACUCUGUGGUUCAACCUUUAAUGUUUAGGGUGUUGAACCGAUUAUAUUUUUAAAGUUAUGGGUUCAUAUCCACUAUGUAUUGCAAUAUUAAUGAAUUUUUUGCACAUAAUUUUGUUCUUCGCGUCGAAAAUACUGGGUUCAAAUGAAUCUGGUAGCAAAGGGCUGGAUUCACCCCUGAUUGUCUCUAUAAUACAUGGAAGUCAGCUUAGAAGUUCAAUGGAACAAAUUAAGAGUAGAAGCUCAAUUCAACUGAAUUAAGUGCAUAUGUUGUUCUCUCUAGAUUCUAGAACAUAAUAGUGAUAAUGUUUUAAGCUAAUACGGGAAAGAUUCUGCUUGAUAUGUAGAUAUAUGAAUUGAAUUGUAUGACUCCAGCUGAUAAAAAGAUGGAAGUGGUACUCGGUGAGCAAAACUAAAAGAAAAAGAAAACAAUCUUUUUAACAUUAAAACACCUUGCCGUACCUUAUUUAGUUUUUACUUCUCAUCAGAGGCCAUUGAUUUUUCAAUGUGAAUGUGCAAUUUUGUAUGUUGAUUUUGGUGAUUUAACUUUUGAACUGUGAUGGUGUUGCAGUCAUCAACGGAGGAUGCAGUGUGGCAGUUACGGGUUCAACCCGUAACUUUCGACGCGGAGUAAAAAUUCAUUAAAAUUGCAAAAAUAAUAGAUAUGAACUCCUAACUUUAAAAAUAUAAUGUGUUCAAUGUUGAAAAAAUUUAAAGUUGAACCCAUAGAUUCUGGAUUCGCCUCCGGCAGUCAUCAGCCUAUGACAUGGUAGAAUUUCUCAAGGAGAUGGAUUCAUCUAUAUGGGGUCCACCUGAAAAUCAAGAUGAGAGCAGUUAUCCAGCAAACUGUUGGCAGUAUAACUUGUAUUUCGAUCCACGGCUUGACGUGAUCGAGCAAGAUGCUUUAAAUGAGGAAUCUUGUCUGCAAGUAUUAAAGAUACUAAUAACAAAAGCUGAUUCAGAAAUUGCUGAACUUGAAGAUGAUAUACUGAUGCUCCAGAGCCAACUGGCUUGUGCUUGUGCUGAUAAGAAAUCGUCUGAUAUGUGCUUUGCUGUAUUACAUAAAAAGAUUGAUAACCUGGAAAGUUUGCUAAGGGACUUAAAGAAUGAGAAUGAACAGCCUGCAGAAACUGGUAUCAGAAGUUCAAACCUGCCUGAAGAAGGUCUUACCAAAAUGGAAGCAAUAGACAAUCACACAAAGGAUAUGAAUACUGUAGAAUUCAAGGAUAAUUACACUGCACAGGCCGAUAACACAGUCUUGGCAUCUCUGGUUCAAGUGAGGAAUCACCAAAAGGCACCUGCAGAAACAACUCUGGAGGACAGACAUGCUUCAGAACAAGGAGCCAAAGAGUAUAGCAGCAAACAAACACAGAAAGGAGUUUGGCCUACUAAAAAUGAUUUUACUAUAGAGGAAUCACUGCCACAUCUGUUGAAUUCUAAGAGGAAUGACAGAAGCAAGCCACUAAAUAAGCUAAAGAGGGGAGGUGAUGGCUAUGGGGACAAUACCAUCAAGAAAACUCAACUGGCUGAAGCCAAAAGAGCUGCUGGUUUUGCAGAUAUUAGUGCAACUUCUCAGUCCCACUUGAGAAAGAGGAGUAAAUUCAGUGGACCAGUCAUCCAAGACCAAGAUAAUAAAGAUCAAAGAAGUGUUCAGAAUAGGUUGGUAAAAUCACAUGGCAGAACAAGUCACGACCCUCCGGUCAUUAACGGCUCCAGCUCCCAUGAUAACUCUAAUGCUGAUGUUUCUCCCGUGUCAUCUAUUAGACCAUCACCUUGUAUUGAAGAUAUCUAUAAUAUGACACUGGUUCAACUCAGGGCCAUGGCAAAUCAUCAACUAAAUAUAUAUGGGGUGUCCAACAUUCGGAAGGCAGAUUUGCAGGAAUUGCUUCGCUCUAAGCUGCAAGCUAAAGAUAGCUUAAGCUUUUCGAUGAGAUGGUCACAUACUUCAAUAUGUACGGCCCAAAAUGUGAGAGAUCGAUACAUAUCAAUUUUUAACUUUCCAUUAGAAAAAAGAAGGAUUGGAGGAGAACCUUGACAAUAAUUCAGAGAUGGG